CGCAGUGUCCGUGGCUGGGGUGUGGGAGGUGUGCGUUGGAUUUGAAUGGUGGUUCUUUACGUCAGCCGUACCCGCAGUAGGGGGAUAACACUGAAUAGAGAGCGAACGCAGUGAAAGGCUGACGGAGCUCCAGCGUUAUGUGUGUUCCGGCAUCCAAAUAAAAUUGCCAGAUGAAACUUUGAUCUCAGUUUAACUGGGAACGACAGAAAUUAACUUUAAAGCUACAUUAACGUAAAAAAGUAUUUCCGUACAACACAAGCAGGAUUUUUGGAACUGGAAUCGUGACUGCUCUACUGUAUCAUCAUCCGGGAGUGAUUUCUCAAUGCUUUCCAUCACAAUCUGGGUAUACGCAGGUUCUUGAUUCCUCCAGGAGAGAAGAUGAAUGUUAUUGUGUUGGUCUUUUCUACGAUCCUCUCGGUCUGUGCUUGCCAUAAGCAUGGUUCCUUCGGGCUUUCCAGUGAAGAUCAUUAUGAACAUGGAGAGCACAAUGCAGAAUAUGACAAAAAAUUGUUCCUGGGAGGAGAGGAAGAAGCGAAGGAAUUUACCGAUCUGAGUCCAGAAGACCAGCUGAAAAGAUUGAAAUCUAUUAUAAGAAAAAUUGAUGAAAACAGAGAUGGAUAUCUCUCAGAAGAGGAGCUGAGUUCAUGGAUCCAAAAGUCCUUCAGGCAUUACAUAUUAGAAGAUACAAAAGAGCAGUUUGCUGAAUUUGACAAGGAUAAGAAUGGGAUUGUUACAUGGGAAGAAUACAAUAUCCAGAUGUAUGACCGUGUCAUUGAAUAUGAUGAAAAUACUGUUCUCGACGAUGAGGAAGAGGAAUCGUUCCGUCUGAUACAUUUAAAGGACAAGAAACGAUUUGAGCAUGCAGACCGAGAUGGUGUUCCUGGACUGGAUCUGAUUGAAUUUACUAAUUUCGAGCACCCGGAAGAGGCUGAACACAUGUCGGAAUUCGUCAUUGAGGGGGCAUUAGAAGAACACGACAGGGAUGGCGAUGGCUUUGUUAGUCUGGAAGAGUUCCUGGGGGAAUAUACGCAAGAUCCAGAUACCGUUGAAGAUCCUCAUUGGGUUAUUGUUGAGAAGGACAGGUUUGUUAAUGACUAUGACAAGGAUGGAGAUGGCAAGCUAAACCCGUCUGAACUGCUUUCUUGGAUAGUGCCAAAUAAUAAAGGCAUUUCAGAGGAGGAGGCAAACCACUUAAUAGAAGAAAUUGACAAAGAUGAAGACAGGCGGCUGAGCGAAGCUGAGAUUCUGGAAAAUCGGGACAUCUUCCUUACUAGCGAAGCCACCGACUACGGCAGACAGCUUCAGGAUGAGCACUUUUAUCACGAUGAACUCUAGUCUGACAAGAAUGGAUUUAAUAGUAGUAUUAAUACUAAACUGAUUUUUUUUUUUGGGGGGGGGUUUAUUUUAUUUAUGAUGUGUCACUGAAAUGUACUAGGUGUAUAUUUCCUCCGGUGAGUUCCAAGGAGGCUGAUAAUGGAUAUAUAUAUAUAUAAAAAAUAUUUUCAUGUUUUCAAACGCGGACCAAGUGUUAAGAAAAUCAUUGCAUUUUCAGUUGGUGAUAAAACAAAGAAGUGACUUACAGGCUAGUUAAUAAAACACAAUGUAGUAUUUUUUUUUAUGGGUAGUGUGCUUGUGACUCCCUGUCUGUAAUCUGACGUGAUUUUUUUGUAACACUAGAUGACGCGACGCUGCCAGGAGUCACAAUUUCCUUUCUUUCCUUCAUGUAGUGGAGUAAGUGUGGGUCUCUUGGUGCUGAGCUUGGAACUGAUUUGAAAUGAAAGGUCCACCAGUCUUUAAAAAUAACUUUUCGCUCCUUUUAUAGGACUCCAUGGAUUAUUUUCAUGAAGCCCUUGUUAUUUUUAGUAAAAAGCAUUUGUAAAACUCACUGACGGAACCACAUUCAUUUUACCUGGUUGUAGGUGAUAGAUUUAUUUAGGCAACACAGGAAGAUAUAGAUUUACAAAGUCUCUUCUUCAGAUGGAAAAGUCCAGCUUCAUCCGUUUUCCUUUACACUGCUUGGAGUUUGCAUUAUGUGGUCGGCACUACUUACACUAAACCCAUAAUAAGGCACAGUUAAGGUGGGGAGAUGAGAGGCUGAACUCGCCCAUCUAUCUGACAUUAGGUUUUCAUAAAGUGUUUGCUUAAUAAAACAAAAGUAAUUUGCGGCA